AUGGACUUUGAUGAGGACGACAAACCAAAAGUGGUUUCCAAACCCCGCAGAUUUGCACCCAAACCUAAACCUAAACCUAAAACCGAACCAACUGCGCCGCCGUCACAAAGUGAUGCUCUCUCGGAGUCUGUGAGCAAGAGUGAGCACGACUUUGAUGGGAAAUUCGCUGUCUCCAAAGUUGAACCUGAAUUGUAUAAUGGCUCUGUUAAAAUGGAGAUUGAGAAAACGGAAGCUGCUGAGUUGAUGGAAGUCGAUAAGGAAGAAGAGGAAGAAGAAGACGUGGUUGUUCGUGAAAUUGACGUCUACUUGAAUCCAUCUAUUGAUGACAACACUAAGCUUUAUGUUCUACAAUGUCCUCUAAGACCGUCUUGGCGUCCAUACGAAAUGGAUGAACGAUGCCAACAAGUUAGAGUGAAUCCUUGUACCUCGGAGGUGCAAGUUGAUUUGUCCAUGGAUGUCAAUUCGACUAACUAUGACUCCAACUUUGGUAGUGAAUUAAAUAUGACUACGCAGACCCUAACAACAACAUGGAAGCCGCCUCCUACAUCCGAUUAUGCUGUUGGUGUUCUCUCGGGUGAUAAGUUACACUUGAAUCCUGUUCAUGCUGUUGCUCAGCUCCGUCCCUCUAUGCACUAUCUGAAGAAACAAACCGAAGCUACUCAAGAAUCUGUUGGAACGUCAAAAAAACAGAACAAGGGAGUGCAGGAUCAGAAACCAAUUCCUGAACAAAAUUGGGUUGCACUCAAGUAUCAUGGACAAGAAUCGGAACUGUGCUCCAAAUAUCUUAACGGAAUGAUGGCGAAUGAGGACUCUUCAAUAGACUUCGACAUGAGCCCUGAGGCUUAUAUCAACUCGCUGUGCCGUGGGGAAACCAGCCGAAACGAAGAAUCAUCCAAAAGUGUAUUGACCUCCCUACCGCUUGAAGAACGUGUGAGAAAGCUGCUCCUCCAGGGGCCUUGGUUAUUUCGAUACAGUCUUCUUAAGCAUUAUGCCCCAGAGGUCUCAGACGAGCGUUUCUUGAGUGUCCUCCAACAAUAUGCCUGUUUAGUUCAAGGUUUAUGGACUCCCAAAACUAAGAUACUAAAACUAGAACUAGUGACUCCCAAGCUAGCGGCUUUCAGGGAUUAUGUCUUGGCGCUGUUCAACAAGGGUUUAACGAUAAAGUUCUUUGACGUUAAAGCAGCGGAAAGUAUGGUUGAUGAAGAGGAAAGGAAGACGACGAAAAGUAUGUUGGCUAAACUUGCCAAAGAAAGACCUCUGUUCUGCGAUUGGAAAUUCAAAGAGCCAACCGAUGUCUCCUUCUUAAAAUCUUUCCCUGAGAUUGCUAAUGAGCAAGCAAGUCUUUGGCAAGAGGUGGAGAAGAAGCUUAAGCCCCAAGGAAAAAAAAGUAAAGCUGAUAAUGUUGCAGGGGAAAAUCCUUGCGCUACAAGUAAACCAGAGGUCCCAACAUCUCUCUCUAACAACGGAGCAAGUUCAAGAAACACAACAAUACCUUGUCUUGUUAGGCAAGAAAUGUCAGAAGAUGUUAAAAGCGCGAUAACAAAGGCAUUGGAGAAAGUGUUUAGAACUCACAAAGUUUGCAGCUACAAGACCAUCUGCCAAGGACUUAGGGAUCUUGCAGUUUCCACAUCGAAUAAUCCAAAAGCUGAUUCAGGCAUGGCACAGCAAGUGGCGUUAGCUGUGGAUGCUCAUGAAGAAGAGCUCAAAGAAGUUAUCAGUAGUGUGGCUGUAGACAUUCACGGCUCUUUUGUCUCCAAGUCGUCUCCAGACCAUCCAGAAGAUGAUCGUCUCAGGGAGGUGGUGAUCGAGCUCUUACGUGGAGUUGGAGAUGAAGCUGGAAAGAAGCUUAAGAAGUCUCAUGUAAUUGAAGCCGCCAUGAUCCGACUUGGUCGUAAAAUCACCGGCAACGAAUACAUAAAGGUGAUGCACGACCUCUGUGAAACCAGCUCUUCAGGAUGGGUUUUACGGAAAGCUCGAUGA